AUGAUGCGUCUUAUCAUAUUUUUCUUCCUUGUUUUUAUUUGCGAGCAAGGAAGUGCAACGAUAUACCAAUGUAAUACAAAUACUUCAUGUGGAUGCUCAACUUCAUUAACUCUUAUAUCACGUAUUAUUGGUGGUGAAUCUGCAGUUCGACAAUCUUGGUCAUGGGCUGUUUCCAUUCGUACUUCUGGAGAACAUCGUUGUGGAGGAACCAUUCUUUCACCAUCAUUCAUUAUUACUGCUGCUCAUUGUUUCGAAUACAUAACUGAUUUAAAAAGUGUCACUAUUCUUGCUGGAUCCUUAACUUUAAAACCUUCAUCAAAUAAUUCAUCUCAAGUUCGUUCAAUCGCUAAACUCUACAGACAUCCUCGUUUUGAUCCUAGUUCAAAUCGAAAUGAUGUGGCUCUUCUUCGCUUAUCUAGUCCAUUCAAUAUGAGACAUGGAAAUAUCAAAUCAAUCUGUUUACCCUCUGGUACUGUUUCUCAACCACCAGACAAUAUUAAUAUGAUUGCAAUAGGUUGGGGUAUUACAUCAAUCUCGUCAGAUAAAAGUUCUUCAACUCUUCGUCAAGUUACAUUAAAAUCCGUAUCACUUACAUACAGUGGAUGUAAACCUCUUAUUUUUGAUAGUAAACUGCAAUUUUGUGCUGGAAUAAUAACAGGUGGCAAAGAUACUUGUCUAGGUGAUAGUGGUGGACCAUUAAUGGCAUUUGUUAAUAAUAUUUGGCAACUUCAUGGUAUCACAUCCUAUGGAAAUGGAUGUGCAUUGCCUGAGUAUCCAGGAGUUUACACUCGAAUCAGUUACUAUCAAACACCAAAAAAUACUUAA